AUGUCGGCGGCUAUUGAAAAAGAAACUGGAAUGUUGGAUGUGGGGAAGCACUGUGCGUAUUGUAGGCAACUAGACUUCCUACCCUUCCAUUGUUCGUUUUGCAACGAAGAUUUCUGCUCGAACCAUAGACUUAAGGAAGAUCACCACUGUAGGUGGUUACUGGAACAAGAAAAAGCCCUUAAAUCCCAGAAGAGUCAUAGCAAAAGUCAGAAUGGCUCAAGUUCAAACAAUGAAGCAUAUUUCAAGAGUUUGUUACCUGAAAGGGGUAAUGUUAGAGUCCAAAGAGCGAGUGAAAAAAGAGAACCUUUAAGGGAUUCUAAUACUGCCAAAGUGGGUUCUACUUUGAACUCAAAGACGUUAGAUAAGAUAUUUAGGUUUUUCCAAAAGAAUGAGAAAAAAAAUAGCAAUAAAACAUCAAAAAAGAACUUCAGUUCCUCUUCAAAUAAGAUCAUUCAAUUGGCUAAUCUCAAAAAAAUUGCUAAAGGUGACUCCAAGAUUCCCAUACAAAACAGGGUUUAUAUUUGGUGCUACUUAGUGGAUGGUGACGAGAAGGAUACUGGCAAGGAAGAUGCGAGAAUGCCGAUAUUUAUCAACAAAAUGUGGCCUGUUGGCAGGGCCAUGGACUAUUUGUCUAUCCAACUAAACGCGAAAUCCAGUACAGUAACUAAUUCAAGUUUUGGUGAGAAAUUUCAACUUUGCAAAUUGAGAGAGGGUAAACCGGUUUCAUUUUAUAAUAUUGGAGCUUCCUCAAGGGUUACCAAUGAGAUCAGAGAUCUUGAUACUUUGUACUUGGUGCAUGGUAAUGCCAACGAAAAUUCUAAUUAA